GAGCAUCGAAGAUGAGGCCUCGCGCCUCUCGGCUCCCGUAGCUGAACGCUGUGGACGUCUUCACCUGCCACGGAGAGGCCUAAUUACAAAACGCAAAUGCCGCGCAACAGAAGCAAAAUAGCCAAGGCGUCUGCCACGCCGCGGGCCAAGCAGCAGCAGCAGCAGGGGAUCAGCCACUACUUCACGAGGGCCGCCAGCGGAGCGAGUGCUUCGCAGCGCCAAGCGGAGACGGCGGUGGUGAUGGAGGUUACAGCAAAGAGAAAAACGAAAACAGAGAAAAAUGGUGUAAAAGAGAUUGUGCCACCGACCAAAAAGCCAAAACGAACCUGUCAAGCAUUGGAGGACUCUGAAGCGUUUGCAUCUUCCAGUGAUGAUCACGAGGAGACGUGUGAUACUCCAGCGGAGAAAAACUUGGCCCCUUCCACAGCAGAGAGGCUUCGGGGCUUCUCUUCAGAGGCUUUGGAAGAGGUUACGACACGAGCAUCAAACAGAAAAGCUGGCUCCCACAAGAGUCGGGAAGCCUUGGAUACAAGAAGGAGCUGCACCACGUCUGACAUUAACCACAAUGCAACUGCGGACGAGAAGUCACGUAGCACAUCGGCAUUCCUGAGGAGGUUUUUGUCGAACAGUGGACACUCGGAGAGACCGAAGGUGGCCGACUCCACACUAAAUAAGCGAACAAAAACCAUAUACACGCCCUUGGAGCAACAAUACCUGGAUAUUAAGGAACAACACGGUGGUGCUUUGCUGUUGGUGGAGUGUGGCUACAAGCACCGUUUCUUCGGGGAAGAUGCAGAGAUUGCAGCAAAAGAACUGAACAUCACCUGCCACCAAGACCACAACUUCAUGACGGCCAGCAUCCCGACACAUCGUCUCUUCAUCCACGUCCGACGCCUUGUGGCCAAAGGCUACAAGGUCGGUGUGGUGAAACAGACAGAAACGACUGCCCUCAAAGCUGCUGGCGAGAAUAAAAGUGCUCUCUUCAGCCGCAAGCUAACAGCCCUCUAUACCAAGUCCACACUUAUCGGAGAGGAUGUUGACCCAUUGGAUCGGCUUGGAGAGGAGCCGGAAGAAGAUGAGGAUCAAACUGCUUCACCCAGCAGCUACCUGCUGUGUCUGAGUGAAGUGCCAAGCAGCUCCAGUCCCCGCCAGGGUGGUCAGAAUGUCACCUUCGGCCUGGUGGCAGUGCAGCCCAGCACUGGAGAGCUGCUGUUCGAUUGCUUCGAGGAUGGAAAGUCACGCCUGGAGCUGGAGAGCAGAGUGCUCUCACUGCAGCCCGUGGAGUUGCUCAUCCCAGCCGCUCUUUCCGACGAGACUGAGAGGGCGCUGUGCUCGCUCACAGCCAAUAGCUCGCAGGGUGACGAUCGGGUACGUGUUGAACGUGUGGACGUUGAUCUGUUUGAGCACAGCCGAGCCUUCCAAGCCGUCUCGCGUUUCUUCGGGGCCGAGAGUUUGCAGUCCAACUGCAAUCAUGAUGAACAGAAGCUGUCCCAUGUGCUGGCUAUGGAGAAGCCCAUCAUUGCUUGCCUAGCGGUCCUUAUUCACUACCUAACGGAGUUUGGGCUGCAGAGGGUGCUUUACCUGUCAAGCAAUUUUCAGAAAUUUUCCAUGGAAAGUGAGUGCUUGCACAUCAAUGGAAUUACACAAAAAAAUAUGGAGCUUUUCCAAAAUCAGACCAACGGCAAGGUGAAGGGGAGCUUGCUGUGGGCUAUGGAUCACACGUGCACUCCGUUUGGUCGCCGCAUGUUCAGGAGCUGGCUUGGCCGCCCGCUCAUCUCAGUAAGUGACAUCAAUGCACGUCUGGACUGUGUGAGUGAAAUCCUGGCAUCGGAACACAUGGUGCUGAGCCGUGCUAAGGAAUUGCUCUGGAAGCUACCAGACCUGGAACGUGGACUGACCAGCAUCUAUCACAGAAAGUGUUCAACAAAGGAGUUCAGCCUCAUUGCUAGCAGCCUGGAGAGACUAUGUACAGAGACUCACGCACUGGCCGCAUCCGCUCAGGACCAGCUCUCCUCUCCGCUCCUGCUCAGCAUCCUCCUGGAUGUGCCACGUCGGCUGCAGCAUAUACAGCACUACACCCGUGUGCUGGACAAACAGGCCGCCAAGGAAGGUGACAAGACGCGUCUAUUCACGGACCUGACAGGCUUUCCCCGCAUGCGGAGGCGUAGCGAGGAGAUCCGGGCCGUCUUGGAAGAGCUCCGGAAGCACCGUACCGAGGUCCGGCGGACUCUGCGUAGCCCAGCCACCGACUACGCCACCGUCUCCGGCCAAGAGUUUUUAAUAGAAGUGAGGAAUUCCAUGCUACACACAGUUCCUUCCAACUGGGUAAAGAUUGGCAGUACAAAGGCGGUGACUCGGUUCCAUACGCCUUUCGUGGUGCAGAAGUUCAAGCAGCUUUGCCAGCUCCGGGAGAAACUGCGAAUCGACAGCAACGCCGAGUGGCUGGGUUUCCUCACGCAGUUUGGAGAGCACUACCAUAACUUCCGUGCGGCCGUGGCACAGCUGGCCACACUCGAUUGCCUCUUCUCACUCGCCACCAUCGCAUCCAGAGACGGCUAUUGCAGGCCCGAGUUUGUCGUGGAGAAGAGUCUGAUUGUCAUCGAAGAUGGCCGUCACCCUGUAGUGGAGCUGCUCUUGGGUGACCAGAAUCAAUAUGUGCCCAACAGCACACACCUCGAUGCUGACGGAGAGCGAGCCAUGAUAAUCACGGGCCCAAACAUGGGUGGCAAAAGCUCGUACAUCCGGCAGGUCGCCCUCAUCGCUGUCAUGGCCCAGAUGGGCUCCUUUGUUCCAGCGAGCCAUGCCAAGCUGAGCAGUCUCCAUGCAAUUCACACCAGGAUGGGCGCAUCAGACAACAUCUACAAGGGCCGCAGCACCUUCAUGGAGGAGCUGAGCGAAGCUUCGGAGAUUAUCCGCAAAGCGACGCGCCACUCGCUCGUGAUCCUGGAUGAGCUGGGCCGCGGCACGAGCACUCACGACGGGAUUGCCAUCGCUUACGCCACUCUGGAGUACUUCGUCAAGGAGGUGCAAUGCUUGACCCUCUUUGUUACACACUACCCACCUGUGUGUGAAAUGGAGAGGCUAAACCCGGACGUUGUCAGCAACUACCACAUGUCUUUUCUUCUCAGUGAGCCCGAGGAGACGGUGCAAGGGGAAGACGGAGAGAGGCUGGAGUCGGUGACCUUCUUGUAUCAGCUUACAGCAGGGCCAGCCGCUCGGAGUUACGGCCUCAACGUCGCGCGGUUGGCUGCCAUCCCUGAGCAGGUGUUGCACACUGCCGCUCAGAAAUCCAGGGAGCUGGAGGCUCACAUCAACAUGAAACGAAAGAACAUCAGCCACUUCUUAAGAGUCUGGGAUCUGGAAGAAAAUGAAGCUUCCAACCAAUUGCAGACUUUGUUUUCCUGAUGCCAGCUUCUCACGAUUGUCUUGCGCUCCUUUGCUAAAAAUUCCCUGUGAUGCAUAGGGAAUGAUGUGGAAUCAUGAUGCUAUGCUGUACAGCUGUGUCCUGUUGAAAUUGCAAUGCCUGCAUUUCUGACUGUUGCUGAUGUUGUGCAUGCAUCAAAAGAACAAGGGUUAUGCAAAUAAGAAAGACACUGGAUAUACUUUGUAGGUUGUGAUCUAGGUAUUUUGUUAUUCAGUAGCACAGCCUGGAUUGAUAAUGGUUUUGCCAGUUUAAUGGUUACAAUGUCAGACGAACAAUUCUUCCCCAUUACAGGAAUGAACCAAUUCUAGAUUUGAAGCUUUCGUGACUGCAAUGAUUCAUAUUCUUAGGUUUUUUUCGGUAAAGUCACGUAGGUAAAAAAUUGAAAUUCAUAAAAGUAAAAUAAAAUAAAAAUCACGAUGUAUCAAGUGAUACAGCUAUCGUGCUGUGACUGUUCCACCUGAAGACGGAAGCUUGUGUUGCUUCCGAAACGUCGUGAUUUUUAUUUUAAUUUUAAUUUUAUUUUACUUUUAUUAAUUUUUAUUUUUUACCUACGUGAGUUUACCGAAAAAAACCUAAGAAUAGGAAUGAACCACUGUGCUCCGUGCUGCUGCUGUUACUAUAUUUUUGCUGCUUUAUUUCUGAGCCAGUGCUGAUUUUUGUGAUGGCAUCAUUCAAAUUAGCCGUCUGAGAGAUGGCAACAUUUUUAUGAUGCAGACUAUUUUCAUCUUAAAUUACUGAUGAAGCAAACAUUGGAAAUGUUUAUAGAAAUGUAAUUGUAACAAAUUUGUUUUGAUAAUUGACCACAUCUCAAAAAUAUAAAACCUGGAACAUAUUAUCUACGAUCAAAAUAAAUGUUUUCUUCAAAUUCACCUUUCAAAUCAUUUGGAAGAAGCCAACAUUAAACAUUGUUUACAUUUUCAAUAUGUAACAUUGUAAUUUAACUAGCCAGAUGUGUCCUGCCAUUACCUUUAAAGAAGGCAGAUUGGCACUUCUACUUGGCACAUAAUGUUAUGUAAUAGAUUUCUAAUGUUUACGAGUGUGUGCUUCUAAUGACCACGUGGCUCUGUGUUUGAGGCCAUGCUUCCCCAGAGUUCAAAUGUUCAUAUUUACUAUGCAACCAAUGUGAAAAGUGUACCCUUGACAUUUUUACAUUUGAAUGGGGAAUAUUGAUCGUGGAAGUAUGGAUGGAUUAUGGUAUAUGUGAGGGGAAUACACAUUUCUGGUAUAGACUUUCCCAACCCUCGUAUUAACAUUGAAUGUAGAAGAGGCUCAGGAUAUUCUAAUGUUUACUUCUGAGGUGCCGGGUUCAAGACUUCUUUGGAGGAGCCAAAUGGAAGUGAUUCAGCUCUGUCGGCCAUAUUGGACAUUCGCUACUUAAAUAAAAGAAGCCUACAAAAAUGCUUCAUGACCAGCUCAUGAAAGUCGUUGCCUAAUUAAUGCACGUGUAUAGUGAAACAAUCAGGCUUUCUUAAUGUAUUUUUUUUAAGCAGGCAUCAUUGUAUACACCGGUGAAUCCAAUGCUUUGGAGACGACGGUUGAUAGAUCACUGAUGUCCCAAACCCAAUGGGCUGAAUUGGCUAAAAGAUGACACUCCAGUACAUCGAUUUGUGAUUUUGUCUCUGUCUUUUAGCGUUAUCCAAAUUGGCUAAUUAGAAAACUACCCUCAAAAUUACUCAAUUGGACUUACACAUAGCAAUCAUCGCCCUCUAUUGGAAGAUGAAUGUCCAUUUAUAGGCCAGGUGUUGAGUCUCCUUGUGCCCAGAGGGAGCAGCUGCCACAUGGUGGUGCCCUUUCAAACGUGUGCGAAAUGAUGUUAAGCGCUCUAACGCCCCGCCAUGAAGGGCGCGAUGUCAAAAGAACAUCAUUAUCCCCUCGUACGUUUAGGUUUUCUACACAUGCCCUGGUUUCCUUCCAUGUGCAAAACUUUCCACCACUAACAUUUUUCAAACGUCAUGAGGACCCUCGUGAAAUGGUCUUAAGACCCAGUGAGGCUUUUCUACAUGAAUCAUUUUCAUUUGGGCAUUUAUUGAUGAUUAAAACGAAAAGGUUAAAAUGAUAGAUACUAUUUAGGAAACGAAUUACGAUCUAUGAUCAUAAUCAUUGAAUUGCCAAGGAUGUAAAUUUUGUAAUGCAUAAUGUUGACUUGCCAUGCAUUGUGAUGACUUGCCAUGGUUUAAACGGAAGGUAUGUGUAAUAAUUAGUGAAAUAUGUAACAUUCCAUAAUAAUGUACAGCCCUUUUAUCAACCCACUACUGGAUGAACGCCUCCCAGCAACGUUUUGGCAAUGGUGGUUUACCACACCUCACCAUGCUGGGCAGUGCAGGUUUGUGAAGGAGAGGGCUAAGACCAAUUCCAAUAUCACUCCACUGAUUUUAGCCGUGCCCUGGAAUCAAACAUCGAUCGCCAGGCUCGUAACACAGUACUGCACACUAAUCACUACGCCACAGCUCCGCCCCCUGUUUCUAAUUUCCUGCCAAAUGUCAUUUCCAUACAGGUUACAAAAUUUUAACAUCAUUAUUAAUAACACUUCGGUAUAAAACUUUCAUGAAGCGGGUCAAUUAUUGUUGAAAGAAAAAAAAGGUUGCUCGUUGGAAAUUGUUGCCUCGGGGUUAAUAAACAAAGUCGGGUAAAAAAAAUGUGCAAAGCACCAAUCAAGGAAAGGAAAUGCAAAAGUGAUGAGCUGGAGAAUUCCUUGGAAGUGUAGAUGGUUGCAUCCCAUGUAUGAUUGAUGCAUUACCUGGGGAAUUGGGGGAAGCAGCCCUCACCUCGGCCGUGGUGACAUAAAACAUCCAUGAUUAAAACGGGUAAUUUCAAUAAAUUAAUACAUUUGAACUUUACGCAAGACCCUUGGUAAUAUGUUUGCACACGUGUACUGUACUGUAUUUAUAAUACAUGGUGGGGGUACUUUUUUUCAUUAAUGCUUUCAAAAGACCGCACACAGCACCUUUGAGCAUUUGAAUGAAAAGCUUUAGCAACCGCUGUAUGCUUGUAACAAUGCAAAUUAAUGCUCCACUCAAUAAA